CAAACCCUGUCAGCUGUGGCCUCUGCAGUCUCUGAAGUCUACUCACCGUAUCUUCUCGUCCACGUAUCCCGAAAGCACAUCGUCUUGUUGAAGCGUACUCUCUAUCUGUUCACAGAUCCGUCAUCUGCACACAAAGCGAGUACUUCGAAAAGGCAUUUCAGGAGGCAUUUGUGGAGGGAAGCUCAGGGUUGCUUAUAUUCAAUGAUGAUAGUGGAGCCGCCCACUGGAGGGUUUUUAAGUACUUGUACACUGGUGACUAUUCGGACGAUCUAUCGCAUGAUUUCGAAGGAGCUCUGGACAAGCGACUCUUUUCCAGAAUGCAUUCGCGAAGUAUAUACGACUACUCCUGAGAGCGAUUGUGCGAUGCGAUCUGCUGUAGUUAAGGUUGCCAAGAACCACGUAAGAGAACUAGGCAAAAAGUGUCGUUUUUCCAGCGCCUCCAGCGGUCUUCUCAACGCGUCCCUAAACGGGCGGUCUUUUUAGUGUCUGAUGGUUAAGUGGCAUUAUAGCAGGGACGAGAAAUA